UAUUGAAAUUUGAAAUAAUUAGUAAAAGGAGCAGUUUGACAUCAAGUCCUGGUGCCAAAAGGCAGCAAAGCAGUGAGACGAUGAUGACUAGCUCUAGCUUGUUCUUCUCCUCACCACCCCUCUUUCUCAAUCCCCACCCACCUCGCUCUUUCCUCCCCUUCAGACCUCUCAAACCACUCUUCAACCCCUCUCUUCUCCUCCGCCCUCCCUCCAAAUCUCGCCACAACCCUUUCCUAACCCGCGCCGACGAUGACGACGGCGACGGCGGCGGCCCCGACCACUACGAGAUGGACGAGGACGAAAUGGAGGAGCUCGACAACAAGAAGGACUUCGACAUCGAGUACGACCCCCUCGUCCCCGCCGCCGCCGCCGCUUCCGCCGCUGGAGACGACGACAUCGCCGUCGUCGAGAGCAAGAGCUUCGUGUCCACGCAGGGCUGGCACUCCGACACCGUCGUCGACUACAAAAUCAACGAGGACGAGUUCCACAAGAUUUGCCUGGUCGAUUGCGACUUCUUCAUUCGCAAGCCCCCCGACCCCGACAACGAUGUCUACGACUUCAGAGAGAUGUAUGUUACUCCUCCAGAUACAGAUGUUUAUUCAGUUCCCAAGGUUCUCGCUCCAAUGCCGCAGAAGUACAUUAGAUGUGCGCAGAGUGAUUAUGGAAGCUACAAUGUGACAGAGCCACCUAUUGAUGCGCCGCGAGAUCCUCUGUAUAAAACUGAGAGGGAGAUCCUCAAGGUGUACUUGACAAAACACUACAAAAAUCGAAGGAAGGGUGAUUCUGAGUUUGUGCUUGAUUUUGAAGAGAUUUAUGUUAUUGAUUCCAAAUCCAAGUCAAUUACCAGAGCCAAAGUUUUGGUAACAGCUCCUGGAGGGAGAACAAGAGAUAGAAGGAGUGACUUGCUUGUUAUAUCUGAUCGUGGGAGCUCCUUCAAAAUAAUACAUGCGAGUGAAAAAGAGGAUCCAACGACUGUCAUAGAAAAGCAGGAGUGGGAGCAUAGCAGAGAAGAAAUGGAGAGACAUCUUAGAAAGCUAAGAGACUUCAGCAUUUCAAAUUGGUUUUGAGUGAUAAGAAGAUAUUCUAAGAGUGCCUCAGUAUACACAGCAUGACAGGGAGGUCAAACUUGAGCACGUGCUGACCGGCAAUUAGACUUAACCUUUCAUUUUUGAAAUCGUGUGCUGGCUGCUUGAUCAUAUGUAUAUUUUGUUGUAACUUAUUGAAGAUGCGGCUGUUGGAAUUCAGAAAUCUAUUGUGAGAGUGACGAGUGAUCUGCCAAUUUGCUGUUGUGAACUACAGUUGACUGUUAUCUGGAUAUAGUUUGGUUUUGCCCCAAACUCUUAUCAAACCUAGUGAAUUAAGAAUAGAAUAUAUUUUCUUCUUCACAUGUAUAUAUGCUAAUGAAUAAACGUAAUCACAGUUCAAACUUCAAAA